AUGCGCACCGAGCUUGAGGGUGCGAUUGGUGAGACUGACUCGCACCUGCUGGCAUCUGACAGGCGAAGCGCAUCUGCGAUUGCCCAAGAAAACCUCGGAGCGGGUGCUGAAUUUUCCUCGCCCACUCUGCCCUUGUCUGCCAUGCCGCGCGCGAGAGCUGCCGCCGCCGCCAUUCUGGUUGAAACCUUGCGCGACCCUCGAAACUACGGCCGCACUGUCGGCGUCACUCAUGCAUACGGUGCAUGCUGGACUCGAUCGUCGGCUGACGUGCGAGAUGAUGGGCUGGACUCGACCGACGGCGUCCACCACGGCCGUGUGGUCACCCGUGCGCAAAGAUCGGCGUGCUUGGGCGCAUUGAUGCACCCCAGCCUGCAGGCAUGCUUUUCGUUUCUUCGGGAUGUCGGUGCAGCCGGCCCCACGCAGCAGUCAAGGCUGACCCGCACGUCAGACGAUGCACCUCUCCCGCCCAGCUCACGCCUGUCGCGCCUCGAGCUGGCAGCAUGUCGUGCGUGCAUUGUGAAGGGCUGCCAAGCUUCGCAAAGCCGCUCGGCAUCCGUCGAGAUCCAAAUUGUGAACCAGCGCUGCGAACAAGCAGAGGAGACAGGAGGCAGACAGGAAAAAUCCCAGAGAAACCUCGCUCUCUUGGGCGCGCGCGACAUCGCCGAGCUUCAGUGGGGCGGGCCUCGUUUCUUCGCACGCAUUGCUUGCAUCGCUCCGGUGCAACACGCAAAUGCUCGCUGUGCGUGCGCCCACAAGGGUGCAGAAAAUUCCACACCCCUCGACGCAAUAGUGUCGAUCAUCUUGCAGGCGACCACGCAGCCGCCGUCCACCUCGCCUACAUGCAGCUGUCCCCCUGCCAGCCGGCAUCCGCAAAACACCGACAAGGGUCCACGCAAAGCCAGGAGGAGCUCGACAUCCUCGUCUGCUGCUCACAUUUCCGACACCAUCACCGGCAACAUAUCUACUAGCACAUCAAGAUGGAUCUCGGAGCGUUCGAUAAAGAAAAAGUCGGGUCCCACGCACCCGUACUCGCGAAGAGCCACGCAGCUAGCUAGGGUGGCGCAUCGCAAGGACAAGCUCAACACCGCCAAGGCUAUCCGCGGUCGCUCGUCCAACGCAAAGGUCGACCGCCUCUCCACCCUCAUCCUCAUGCUUCCCGACGAGCUCGAUGCGUUGCCUGAUCUGGCUGCCGUCCAUGCUUUCGUCGCAGACACCUUCCUCACACGCCACGAGGACGAGCUCCAAGAACUCAAAGCAGAGCGCAGGCCGGGUCGCCCCCCACACAAGCGCGAGCUCGAGAUCAAGGAGCUCAUGGCAAAGGAGAACCAGGAAUACCUCGAGGGCUUCGAGCUCCCCGACCUCACCAGCGCCACAAACGUCAAAUUGCUGCGCGACUGGCAGGGCGACCCGCAGGCUUUGCCCCUCUUCCGUAUGGUGCGCAUCAGCGCCAGAUACCCUGAACAGUCCAAGCUCAUGCAUCCUGGCAACCACAAGCUCUUGCAGCUUGAGCUGAAGCAGCAGCAAGACGCAAGCUCGGCCGACACCGCCGCCGACAUGGACACCACCACGUCCGACUCCCAAGAUACCAGCUCUUUCCAGCGCGUCGGUGAAUUUGCACAGAUGGGCUGA